UGAGUCAGGAAGUAGACAUGUCAAAAGAACUCUGCCUCAGACUUCUUGAACUUGAAGGACUGAAAAGAUACCAGGAGUAACUGGAGUGUGUGUGUGUGUGUGUGUGUGUGUGUGUGUGUGUGUGUGUGUGUACAUAAAUGUGUAUGUACAUAUGUGUGUGUACGGAUGACUUGGAAAAAAUAAAAGAACAGAGAUGCACACACACACGUGUAUUAACAGCAUAUAGGGCUGAGUGUAGUGAACCAAAUAGAAGCAAGACCUUACACAAAAGAAAUAAUAUUUCUGUGACCACAAAAUUACCUUCGAACAGAGUAGAUUAGCCUCAAAGCUAAAAGCCAGGCCACCAAAGCCAAGGGAGGAGAGAAAAACCUCCCCACCACGGUUUGAGUUUCAAAUUAAGGAAGCUACAGUUGGUCUGCACCAGCUAGUACGAGAGAAAAGGUUUUUGUUUUUAACGUGCCAACUUUUCCUAGAGUCUCUCCUUUGUUUUCUCUUCCUUGUCCCCUUCCCUGCUGUGUGUGUGUCUGGCUUUGGUGGUUUGGAGGACAGCGAUUGGGCGGGGAGCAGGACUCCGUUCUCAGGAGCUGAGCCUGGGAGGAGUGGGAGGGACUCGGAGCAGCGGGGUUCUCACACACAGCCUUCCAGGCGGUCCUUCUCCAGUGCCUGCCAGCUCGACCCCAAGGCGAAGAGCAGCAGUGCUCAGCCCGGGGAGUCCUCGAAGCGAAGACACCUGCGCCCGGAUGCCCCUGGCCUCCCGUGACCGCAUCAUGCAUACCUCCCCUCUUCCCAGCCAGCUCUAUACCAACCUCAGAAGUGACCACACUGUUUCUAAAAUGCUGGGCCACUCGUGUCUUUGAGUCAGUAGAAGCAGAUCUUCAUCAGUCCACAUCAACACCGGCUAAUAAGGAGGAAACCACUGCCAAGCUCCAGGAACACCAUGUUCUGCAGGAAGUUCAAAGAUCUCAAGAUCACGGGGGAGUGUCCUUUCUCCUUACUGGCUCCUGGUCAGGUUCCUACGGAGCCAAUAGAGGAGGUGGCCGGAGUCUCUGAGAGCUGCCAGGCCACUCUGCCCACCUGCCAGGAGUUUGCUGAGAAUGCAGAAGGGAGUCACCCCCAAAGAAAGACAAGCCGCAACAGAGUCUACCUACACACCCUGGCAGAGAGUAUUGGCAAGCUCAUUUUCCCAGAGUUUGAGAGACUGAACCUUGCACUUCAGAGAACAUUGGCAAAGCACAAAAUAAAGGAAAACAGGAAUUCUUCAGAAAAAGAAGACCUUGAAAGAAUAAUUGCAGAAGAAGCAAUUGCGGCAGGUGUCCCAGUGGAGGCGCUCAAAGACUCUCUGGGUGAGGAACUGUUCAAGAUCUGUUAUGAGGAAGAUGAGCACAUCCUGGGCGUGGUUGGCGGCACCCUGAAGGACUUUCUCAACAGCUUCAGCACGCUCCUGAAGCAGAGCAGCCACUGCCAGGAGGCGGAGAGGCGGGGGCGACUGGAAGAUGCCUCCAUCUUGUGCCUGGACAAGGACCAGGACUUUCUAAAUGUUUACUACUUCUUCCCGAAGAGAACCACAGCCCUGCUUCUCCCCGGUAUCAUUAAAGCGGCUGCUCGCAUACUGUACGAAAGCCACGUGGAGGUGUCCCUGAUGCCUCCCUGCUUCCGAAGUGAGUGUACCGAAUUCGUGAACCAGCCCUAUUUGCUCUACUCGGUCCACGUGAAGAGCACCAAGCCUUCUCUGUCCCCAGGCAAACCCCAGUCCUCGCUAGUGAUCCCUACUUCGCUCUUCUGCAAAACUUUCCCAUUCCACUUCAUGCUGGACCGUGACCUGGCCAUUCUGCAGCUGGGUAAUGGCAUCAGAAGGCUGGUGAACAAGAGGGACUUCCAAGGGAAGCCCAACUUUGAAGAGUUCUUUGAAAUUCUAACUCCCAAAAUCAACCAGACAUUUAGCGGCAUCAUGACAAUGUUGAAUAUGCAGUUUGUCAUACGGGUGAGGAGAUGGGAUAACUUAGUGAAGAAAUCUUCAAGGGUUAUGGACCUCAAAGGUCAAAUGAUCUACAUCGUUGAAUCCAGUGCCAUCUUGUUCUUAGGGUCGCCGUGUGUGGACAGAUUGGAAGAUUUCACAGGACGGGGUCUCUAUCUGUCUGACAUCCCGAUUCAUAAUGCCCUGAGGGAUGUUGUCUUGAUAGGGGAACAGGCACGGGCUCAAGAUGGCCUCAAGAAGAGGUUGGGAAAGCUGAAGGCAACCUUGGAGCAUGCCCACCAAGCCCUGGAGGAGGAGAAGAAGAAGACGGUAGAUCUCCUGUGUUCUAUCUUUCCCUCUGAGGUUGCUCAGCAGCUCUGGCAAGGACAAAUUGUGCAAGCCAAGAAGUUCAAUGAGGUCACCAUGCUCUUCUCAGAUAUCGUAGGGUUCACUGCCAUCUGCUCUCAGUGUUCACCUCUGCAGGUCAUCACCAUGCUCAACGCUCUCUAUACUCGCUUUGACCAACAGUGUGGAGAGCUGGAUGUCUACAAGGUGGAGACCAUCGGAGAUGCAUAUUGUGUGGCAGGGGGAUUGCACAGAGAGAGUGACACACAUGCUGUCCAGAUAGCACUGAUGGCCCUGAAGAUGAUGGAGCUCUCCAAUGAGGUCAUGUCUCCCCACGGAGAACCUAUCAAGAUGCGAAUCGGACUGCAUUCUGGGUCAGUGUUUGCUGGAGUUGUUGGAGUGAAGAUGCCCCGAUAUUGCCUGUUUGGAAACAAUGUCACUCUGGCUAACAAAUUUGAGUCCUGCAGUGUGCCUCGGAAAAUCAAUGUCAGCCCCACGACAUACAGGUUACUCAAAGACUGUCCUGGCUUUGUGUUCACCCCGAGAUCGAGGGAGGAGCUUCCACCAAACUUCCCUAGUGACAUUCCUGGAAUCUGUCACUUUCUGGAUGCUUAUCAACAUCAAGGACCUAAUUCUAAACCAUGGUUCCAGCAGAAAGAUGCAGAAGAUGGAAACGCUAACUUCUUAGGCAAAGCAUCAGGGGUAGAUUAGUGAGCCGCAUGUUUCUGUGUUUGAUGCCUUUGAGGGUGCGCAGAAUCUCUGAAAUGACUUUAGGAUUGCAGAAGAUAAAAAACUGUGUUAAAAUUGCAGGGGUGAAACCCAGUUUCCUCUGUUUCCCAUUUAAGAUGGAAAAAAAAAAGUGUUCAAUGCUUCAGCGCUUUCAACCUUCUUCUCUAUUUAAGAAACAAACCUCAAAAGUGACUUGUGACUUUUGGGGACAUAGCUUUGUUCUAGAGCAGUCACUACCUGCACUCGAAAUCCAACACAGUGUACAUAUUCCAGACAAUUGUAGUCAAGUUUAAGUGUCAAAGUAAUGUACUCACCUGUGGCCUGUGACCAGUGCAAACUGUGGUUAUUACAGUGUGUCUGUGGUAGUGUUGCCUGUAAAUCUCUGAAUAGAAAUGACAGUGUUUAAUUCUGCAAGAGCUUCCAGCCUCUUGACUCUACAUUCAAUUAGGUUUCCUUAUUCUAUCCUGGCGUAUGUAACACAAUAGGCCAGCGCCUUCUUCCCAGCUACAUCUUUGUGCCUAUGUACGUGUUUUCCUUUCCUUUCCUUUCCUUUCCUUUUUUUUUUUUAAGAAAAUAAGCAAUUAGACAUAGGAUAAAAUGUGAUAUAAAGUAGUUCAGUAAGUGUCAAAGAAUAUUUUCAUGUUUUGUCAUUAAAGAUAUUAUCUAUAGCACAAUAUAUAAUACAACAAAUACUUUUCAUUUUGAUCCUAUCUGUGAUAAAACAUUUUAAUUAAUAGUAACAAUGUACUUCCUACUAAUCCAUGUAAAAUUUACUAAUAGCAAAACUUUCAGAGUAAAAGUAUUUACAUACAUUGUUAAAAUGCAAUAACAUUCAAAUUUAAUUAAGGCAUAGAAUUAAUAUUUGCACACAGAGAGCCUACUGUAGAGGACAGUGGCAAAGUGUUCACAAACACACGUGUUUAAAUGAUCCUCUACUGCCGUGUUGAGCCAUAAAAGCCAAGGGGAAAAGUUUUAAGUCAGAAGUAGAAAAAUAGACUUCAUUUUGUCUUUUUUGAUACCUUCUUAAGUAUUUCUACUGACCAUUUAGUGUAUGUGUAUGUGUUAAGAAUCAAAAUUUUUAUUACUCAGUGUACACCUGUGAAGUAUUAUUCUACUUUAAAUAUACUAAUAUUUUCUACAGAAACCACUAGUAUCAUUGAAGAAAAUGUCACUAUGAUUUCAUUAUAGAGAUCCUGAUACGUUUUUUUUUCUUCUGGAGUUUAAACUAAUGUCCUUUCCUUCCCCUGCCCUCCUCUGCAGUCCUCUUUCUUCCUCUCCCAUUGGGCAUGUUUGUGUGAUUCUGUGGGCUGAACACAGGAACUGUGCAUGCUGGGUAAAGACUGUUACUGAGUAACUUCCUCACCAUGGGGCUUCAGUUUUAUUGCUAAUGGUGACAGUUUACAUUCCCGAGUGUUAAUUUGGUAAAAGGAAGUGACUUUAAAAGAAGACCAACUUCAAAGCCAAGAGAGAUAGACAUAAUUGAAUUUUUCAAUCAGUAUUAGUAGAAUGGUAGACAUUCUGAAUUUCUAUGUGUGUAGUUGAAAAGAAACUCAGUUUAAAAGUCAUUUUCUACCUCCAAUAGUCUUCAAGCAUCCAGAGCAACAGACAUCUUUUACCUAGCUCUAGUUUCCAAGGGGGACAACUAAACCACCCAAUGGAUUUCUUUAAAGGCGGAUAUUGUCUCAUUAAACAGUCACACUGAUGUUGGAUAGUGUCACGGGCCUUGCAAAGGUGUAUUUAGGAUGUCACAAUGAUGUGGAAUUCAAUGAAUAUUUAUUAAGAAGGUAAAGAGGUAAAUACCCCCUCUUUCUGGAACUAAUAUUCAAUACAGGGGAACUAGUAGGAAUCACAGACAAUUAGAAAGCGUAAAACAGGAUGUCAUCCUCUUAAGCUGUGCAGUUAGGUGGUUGCUACAUUAGUAAUAAUCUGAUUCAGAAGCUUGCACAUUAAUUAGAAUUAAUUCUCCCACUGUCUUUUAGGGAUGGUGAUAGAACUCAAUGACAAAGCACCUGCCUAGCAUUUAGGCAGUCCUGUUCCGACCCAAGCAGCAUGAAGGAAUUACAUGUAUCUCUCAUGUGCAUAUGAUGUAUGAUCACACUCACCUGUGUCACCUGUGUACACACCUGGGGCAAAUGGAGGAACUGUAUCUAAUUCAAGGCAAACUACCGGAGCUCCAUGUACGGUUCCUAUAACUUUUCUAUUAUUUUGUCAUUUUAGCUAAAUAAAAACAUUAUCAAAAAUUA